CAUUGUCAAAUUGUGUAUUUUAAAAUUUAAAAUCAAAUUUAAGUUAUAAGUUAUAAAACCGGAAGUAAUCCUAUCCCAUUCGUUUCGGUGAUCCCUUACUUCUACCGUCGAUUAUGUGUGACACACUGAUGAUGACCAUGGACUUCAACUGCAGUCGUAAACGGUUGCGGUCUGCCGACGGAGAGGAGGAUGGCCCAUUUGCAUUGCAGAGAAAGAUGUUCAUCAGCCAGCAACGGAUCGACCAACAGGACCAGCGGAAGAUGCGCCAAAUUGAACAAAAAACGCUCAACAUGCUGUUUCUCGGGGCAAAAACAAACCAGAAGCUCACUCAGACCUGCCAGCGAGAAUGCCUGAGACACGUGCGUUUAUUAGGUGGUGGCGAAUGUCAAUUCGAUACUCACAGUUGUCCAGCUUGGAUAGAAAAGCAACCGGACCGGAAGUGUCGGGUCUGCGAUCGGAUGUCUCUAGUGCACGCCGAGUGCACCAACUGCAAUCUGGAACUGUGCGAACACUGCGGGAUCAGCUGCGGUCACUGUCCGGAUAAGAUCUGUAUGAGCUGCGUCAAUUUGUUUAACUGUCAAAAUAUGGAUAUCCCCUGCUGUGAGCGUUGCAAAAUAUUCAAUUGAUAAGUCAAACAGCUACGAAAACCACUGAAAAAACUAGAUUGUAAGCAUGUUUUCCUUAAUUUUAAUUUAAGAUUUCGAUUCAAAAUCUACUGUUAUUAUGUGAGUGUUUUCAGAACUGAUGA